AUGGCAUCUCCACCUCCAACAGGCAAGCCAACUGGCAAUUACUCGGAUUCUGAGCAAGGUACAAUGGUAUCUGGACUUACCCCGCGAGACGUGGGGGUCGUGAAUGAGACUGGCCAUGUACAGGAGCUGGAGCGCAACUUUUCUUUGCUCUCUGUCUGCUCUGUUGGUAUCGUUACGGGAAACACAUGGGCUGCUCUGGGUGGUAGCAUCGCCGUCGCAAUCUACAAUGGUGGUCCACCUGGAGUCUUGUACGAGUUUAUCGCAGUCUCCGUAUUCUACUGGCUUGUUGCUGCUUCCCUUGCCGAGCUUUCAUCGUCGAUGCCAAGUAGUGCCGGAGUCUAUCACUGGGCUUCUAUCACUCCAGGUCCAAAGUAUGGACGCAUUUGUGGAUGGUUUGCUGGAUGGUGGAAUACGUUUGCUUGGGUUUGUGCAACUGCUUCGAUGGCUAGUAUCUCUGCCCAAAUCGCAACCGCUAUGUACGCACUCUACCACCCAGGCUUUGUCCCGGAGAGAUGGCACAUCUUCAUUGCUCAUCUGCUCGUUACCUGGAUCUGCUGUUGCAUAGUCCUGUUUGCCAACCGGGCCUUGCCAAUGGUGAACAACAUUGGCUUGUUCUUCAUCUUGGCUGGAGUAUUCAUCACCAUUGUCGUUUGUGCUGUCCUCCCUCAUACGAGCGGUUCGGGCUAUGCCUCUGCUUCCUUCGUUUGGGCCGAUUGGUCUAACCAGACCGGAUAUGAUAGCAACGGCUUCGUUUUCUUGGCUGGUAUGUUGAAUGGUGCUUAUGCUGUUGGAACUCCAGACUGUGUCUCUCACCUUGCGGAGGAAAUCCCUAAUCCCAGACGAAACAUCCCGCUUGCUAUCGCAGCUCAGAUGGUCAUCGGAUUUUUCACUGCUUUCUUUUACAUGAUUGCCAUAUUCUACGCCAUCACGAACUUGGAUGAUGUUUUGGGCGCUUCGUACUUCCCUCUUGCGCAAAUUUACAUUCAGGCUACUGGAGGCAGUGUUCCAGCUACUAUGGGACUCUUGUUCAUGAUCUUUGUACCAAUAUUCUGUACCUGUAUUGGCACUUUUAUCACUGCUGGGCGCUGUUUGUGGACUCUUGCUCGCGAUGAAGCUGUUCCUUUUCCUGGUACACUUGGAGUCAUAUCUCCACGUUUCAAGAACCCGUUCAAUGCUACUGUAGUCUGUGGUGUAUUCUGUACUAUUUUGGGUGCUAUUUAUGUUGGUUCUACCACCGCAUUCUCCGCCUUCGUCGGCUCCUUUGUUGUCCUCUCAACACUCUCCUACCUCGCCGCAAUCCUACCCUUCAUCUUCACCAAGCGUUUCUCCCGCGCCUCCGAAGCCCCAGGCCCCUUCAUCAACAGCAUGCGACCCGGGCCCUACAAGAUGGGCCACAAGGUCGGCUACGCCGUUAACAUCGUGUCCUGCCUCUACAUCAUCGUGUUCGUGGUCAUCUACUGUUUCCCGUAUUCGUUGCCGGUUACGCGGGUUAAUAUGAACUACGCUUGUUUGAUUACGGGUGGCAUGUCGAUUUUCGCUACUGUUUGGUGGUUUAUUAAAGGUGGAAGAUAUGUUGGACCUCAGGCCUUGUUGCAUGAAGAUAUGUUGUCGCAUGAGGGCUCUACAUCGUCUACGUCGGAGAAGUUGGAGUAG